CCACGAAGGAAAGGACUAGAAUUUUUUCAAAGGUGAUAUUUGGGAUCACCUCUUCAAGGGCUAUCGACUGAUGUAUGCUUCAUACAGAUAUAUCAUCUGCUGAAACUUUGAAUUACCCGCGCCUUACCAUAGACCCAAUCUCAAAAAAAUGUCUGCCGCCUUAGAAAAAAGCGAUUUUCUGUUCAACAAAGAAUAUACGACCGUUGUAUUUUGACGUAUUUCAGCGUAAACGACCAUAUACCGCCUGGGAUGAAAGACCUGGGUUUGUUUUCUCUGCCUACAGAACGAAAGAACUUCCUGUAGCGAUUUUAUUCAUUGCAAGAAACACAUGCUAACGUUUUCGUCCUUUAACGCAAGUUUGGUUUUUUUUACUGCAAGAUCUUGUUGAGGCUGGUUACAGCAAGAAGUGACAAGAAAAGUGUUCUUGUUUCUUGCGCAAGAAAAACAUUUUCUUGAGGCAAGAAUGAGCAAGAAAUGAUUCUUGGGUAAGAAAUGUCACAAGACCUUGCAUUCUUGCUUAACAAGACCAUCGACUAGGGUUGGCACAUAAUGUUUUUCACUUCACCAGCAAGCGGCUAUAUAGACCUUUUUUAACUUUGCUGCGAAUGCGAACUAUGCAUACUAUGUUAAAAUCGGGUAAAUAAAUAAUUUGAAAUGGUUGCUAGCAAACUAACAAAAAGCUUUACUUCUCAUCACCUUUUGUUAUAAAUAUGCAAGGCAAAUAAAUAUAGUCUUUUUGAUAAAGAAAUAUAAUUUUCUGACAUUUGUAAGCGCUUAGUUUUAGAAUCCACUAUGUGACUAUAUCCUGCUCAAUGAGCGUAAUUUUAGCGAAUAGUACAUUUAGGAGGCCGACAUUGCUGAAUUACUUUGCAUCCGAGACAAGGUGCUUGUUAUCGCAUUGACGAUAUACUUUUAGUUUCUUCAUGAACAUUUUUCUGGUAGUUUCGGCGUGCCACACGCAUUACUUAUAUAAUCAUUGAAUGAUUAUACAUACGCAAUGCAUUUUGAAUCACCAUAUUCAUCACUGUCUGAGACUGCGAUGAAUAUGUCGAUUCAAAACGGACACACUGUUGAGAGUUAUGCAUGACUUACCAAGCGUACACAAAAUGCUUUUGAUGGUGUAUAACACGAGAUAACCAAUGAGUUAGAGAUUCUCUUCCUUGUAUGAUCAUUUUCUUUCGUACACAUGUUUUAACAAAUUCUUAUCUUUGUUUUUGAAUGUCGAAUAGUAAUAAUUCAAACAAUGUUCUACCUCCUCGUGAAAUAGAAAUAAUUAAGCAAGCCUUUCGUUUAUUAGAUACUAAUCAUGAUGGUUUCAUUAGUCUAUCAGAAUUAAAACAAUGUCUAAGACGUCUUGGUAUACAAAUUCGAGAUUCAGACGUUGAUCGCGCUUUAAAAAUGAUAGGUUUAAAUCAUGAUGUGAGUUUUAAUGAAUAUAUGAAAUUUGUGGCAGCUGUGUACCGAGGUGAAUAUGAUCAAUCUUUACGUCGCGCUGUUGGAUUUUCAAGUGCAAACACCGGUAGUGUUCCUCGUAGACGCUCUCAGAGAUAA